AUGGCAGGUGAAGACAUCUCUCCCAUUGAGGAGCAACCUCAGCCUUUCAAUGCGACAAAACUUGAGCCCGCCAAAAAGAGAAGAGGAGAUUCCAAGGGCGGGGCUUCACCUUCAAAUCCAUAUAAGCGCCAACGCACACCUUCACCUCAACCCGAGGCCCGCAAACAGAAACGACCAGGCAAGCGGGCGCGCAUUACGGAUGCAGAACAGGAGCUUAUUCGACAAAAGCAACUCGAGCGCGAGAAGGAGCAGGAUGCCGCUAUCACCAAACAAGGAAUCCAUGAUGCGGUAAAGCAACAUUAUAAUAUGGUUCCGGAACGAGGCCGAGAAUGGCGCAAAACGGACAGUCGCAUCAAAGGGCUUAGAAGCUUCAACAAUUGGAUCAAAAGUACAAUCAUCCAAAAAUUCUCUCCCGACGAAGACUUCACACCUCCAGUUAGAGACCGAGAAGGGUAUCAAUUUGCUGAGGGCCCAACUCCAAAAGGAUUACUGGUUCUCGACCUUGGCUGUGGAAAGGGAGGGGAUUUGGGAAAAUGGCAACAAGCACCACAGAAGGUUGCGCUUUAUGUCGGUCUCGAUCCAGCAGAUGUUUCAAUUGACCAGGCCAAAGACAGAUAUAGGCAAAUGAAAGAUCGCGGGAGGGGUGGGCGUGGAGGCCGGGGGGGACGAGGCUAUCAAAAUAACAGACCACAACCGGACUUAUUCCAUGCAGAGCUGUAUCCCAAGGAUUGCUUCGGAGAAUCUAUAGCCGACAUACCAAUCGUGCAAGAAGUUGGAUUCUCCGGCUCAGGGGGUCCUGCCAUAUUUGAUGGUGGUGGUUUUGAUGUUGUCAGCAUGAUGUUCUGUUUGCAUUAUGCUUUUGAGAGCGAGGCAAAGGCAAGGCAAAUGCUGAAAAAUGUCUCGGGUGCACUGAAGAAAGGAGGUCGAUUGGUUGGCUGUAUACCCAACUCGGCUGUUAUUAGUGAGAAGGUUCGCCAAUUCAACGCUCGCAUGGCACCAAAACCAGAAGGAGAUAAACCUGCCGAAGAUGGAGAGGCUACCGUUCAAGUGAACCCAGAGGAUGAGCGUGAGGAAGGUGAGGCAGAGGAAACUUGCGAGUGGGGUAACAAUAUCUACCAAGUUCGAUUUCCUGGACCAACACCAGCAGAUGGCAUUUUCCGACCACCAUUUGGCCAAAAGUACAAUUAUUUUCUUCACGAGGCCGUUGAAGAAGUACCGGAAUAUGUAGUCCCAUGGGGAAUCUUCCGUCAGCUUGCCGAAGAUUACAACCUCGAGAUGCAAUAUCACAAGGGCUUUGAUGAGAUCUGGGAGGCUGAAAAGGACGACCCCCAACUUGGCCCAUUAAGUGAGCGUAUGGGGGUCCGGGAAAGAGGCCGAGGCCCGCUCCUUGUCAGUGACGAAGAAAUGGAAGCGGCUAGUUUCUAUGUUGCCUUUUGCUUCUACAAAGUCUAA